CGAGACCGCCCGACCACCGCUAGCCAGUGAAGUAAAAACGCCAGGCGCCACGCCGCGCGGCGCGAGUGGGAACGAUAAUGAAGCCGCCGCCGCCGAAGGGACGGGGAGCAGGAGGGAGUUGCGUGUUCGGCCGCCGCGCGUUCGCGUUCCUCCUCGCGGCGGCCGUCGUCGCGCUCGCGCUCCUCUGCCUCUUCUACGGCGCCGCCUUCGCACCCUCCAUCCGCCGCGCGCACCCUCGCCUUCCCCUCCGGCUGCGGUUCGGGGACCUAGGGACGCAAUCUAUCCCAGCGGGCCUCGUCGUCUCCUCCAUCCCGGUGUGCGACGCGAGGCACUCGGAGCUGAUCCCGUGCUUGGACCGGGGCCUCCACUACCAGCUCCGGCUCCGGCUCAAUCUCUCCCUCAUGGAGCACUACGAGCGCCAUUGCCCACCGGCGCCGCGCCGCCUCAACUGCCUCAUCCCACCGCCCGACGGCUACCAGGUGCCCAUCAGGUGGCCGAGGAGCAGGGACGAGGUCUGGAAGGCCAACAUACCCCACCCAUACCUUGCUGCUGAGAAGUCAGACCAGCGGUGGAUGGUCGUCAAUGGCGAUAAGAUCAACUUCCCUGGCGGUGGCACCCACUUCCCCACUGGCGCUGGCAAGUAUAUUGUGCACCUUGCGCAGAUGCUGAAUUUUCCAAAUGGUACGCUCAACAAUGGAGGGAACAUCAGGAAUGUGCUUGAUGUUGGCUGUGGGGUUGCCAGCUUCUGCGCUUACCUUCUUUCACAUGAUGUACUUGCGAUGUCUCUUGCUCCCAACGACGUGCAUGAAAAUCAAAUCCAGCUUGCCCUUGAGAGAGGGAUCCCGGCAACCCUUGGUGUGCUGGGCACAAGGAGGCUGCCAACCCAUUACCCAAGCCGCUCGUUUGAAAUGGCACAUUGCUCUCGUUGUCGGAUUGACUGGCUACAGAGGGAUGGGGUCUUGUUGCUGGAAGUCGAUAGGGUAUUAAGGCCUGGAGGAUAUUUUGUGUAUUCAUCACCGGAGGCCUAUGCUUUGGACCCCUUCAACAGGAAGAUAUGGAGACAGAUGAGUGACCUUGCUCGAAGGAUGUGUUGGCGGGUUGCAUCUAAGAAGAACCAGACAGUGAUAUGGGCUAAACCAUUGACUAAUGGAUGCUAUAUGAGGAGAGAGCCUGGAACACUUCCCCCCAUGUGUGAACGUGAUGGUGACUCAGAUGCUGAUUGGGGUGUCCCCAUGAAAGUAUGCCUAACCCCAUACUCUAAGAGAGUUAGUAAGGCUAAAGGCAGCGAAUUACUUCCCUGGCCACAAAGGCUCACAACACCACCACCGUGCCUGGAAGAGCUUGGAAUCAGUUGGAACAAUUUUUCAGAGGACAAUGAGAUUUGGCAUUCUAGAGUAAUUCAGUACUGGAAGCACAUGAAGUUCGAGAUACAAAAGGAUUCCUUUCGAAACGUUAUGGAUAUGAGUGCUAACCUUGGUGGAUUUGCAGCAUCUCUGAAGAAAAAGAAUGUCUGGGUUAUGAAUGUAGUUCCUUUCACGGAAUCUGGAAAGCUGAAAAUUAUAUAUGAUCGUGGUUUAAUGGGGACUACCCAUGACUGGUGUGAAUCAUUCUCGACAUACCCGCGCACCUACGACCUCCUUCACGCCUGGCUCCUGUUUUCUGAGAUAGAGAAGCGGGGAUGUAGCCUGGAGGAUCUUCUGAUCGAGAUGGACCGCAUCCUAAGGCCUUAUGGUUACGCCAUCAUCAGAGACAAAGUUGAUGUCGUUACCUACAUCAAGAAACUUUUACCAGCGCUAAGGUGGGACGACUGGACGUUUGAGAUGAGGCCUAAGAAAGAUGCGCUCACAAUAGGUGACGAAAGAGUCUUGAUCGUGAGGAAAAAGCUCUGGAAUCACUCGGUGCAAGAUUUGUCGUAGCAGCCGUUUCUCUUGUUUUGAUCCUAACUGUAGCUAACUCUGCACCGGCGUUGUCCUAAUCCUCAAAUGUAAUGUAGUAUUCGACGCCUUCUUUUUUCUCGUGUGGUGAAAUGUCAACAGUAGAUUUAGCAUCAGCAUCAGACGCAGGCUUCAGUCCUUUUGAUAUACAUAUUACAUAGUCAGUAUAGUUCUCUUUCUUUACUUUUUUAUAAAUCCGAUUCUCCA